AUGGGUUUCAUCAAUAUUCAGACACAGGCAUCAGAUCCAGAGAAGCAGAGGUUGAGGGCCAGUCCCCAAGUUCUCAAAUUGUUUGUUCUGAUAUUACUUGUCCUACUCGUACUCAAAAUUUCCGCCAGGCACCGGGCAAACAGAAUCACCAACCAGCACGGCAGGAAAAUCUGUGAGAUUCCUGGAGACGCCCGCGUGUCGAAGUUCGCUUUCAGCCAGCAGCUCUCCGAUCACGGCAAGGCUCUCGCCGGAGGCGAGCCGUUCAUCAUCCGCAAUGGCCGAGCAAGAGAGCUGGUGGUAACCAAGCCAGAGCACAUCUACGACUUUUACAAGGGUGAUACUAGGCAUCAUCCUAAGCCACCAUAUCUGAACAUGGGAAAGUACUUUAGCGGGCAUGUCACUCCUUUCCGAGUCCCCUUGGCACCUUACGUUUUUGGAGCAAUAGCAGGAGAAAGAUGGUUGAUGAUCCGACGCUAUUUCGACCCCGAGUUCUCGUUUCAAUCCGCUCGACAAGCGAUCCCGCAACUCAGCGCGAGCAUCAACCGAUGGCUUGAUGAUCUGCCACUGCAAGCAACAGCAACGGAGAAAAGGUUUGCACUGGAGCUGAAGAAGCCCUGUCGAUUUUUGCCGCUCCGGCUUGCUGCGGAGUUUGUGUAUGGGGAGGUUUUUGAUGAUGAGGUAGCGUACCCAACCUUACAUCCUCCCUCUAUUCCGCUUCAGCUUUUCUCUGCCUUAUUGGAACUAAAUGUCCUCCACGAAGUCAUCCUGCAUGAUGUGAUCGCCAACAAACGACUGGCGACAAGCCUAGGCUGUUGGUUGGACCGUAAUGCGGCCAAACGAAUACAAGAAUUCCGUUCAAGGUGGAGGGAGUUCAAUCUUAGGAUUGUCCAGUCUGCUCGGAAGGGAUCGCAGGUGUGCCCUGCCGAGAAGAUAUAUCGCGGUGUUGAAAGGGGCGAUUUAAAACAUGAGGAGUUCCUACACACCCUAGACGAGAUCCUCUUCGCCAACGUCGACGUCAGCUCCGCGGUCCUCAACACUCUAUUCGAGCAUCUAGCUGCCAAUACGGCUUUCCAGCAGAAGCUUCGAGGGGAGAUUGACGCGCAUGUUCGGAGUCGCACCCGCACCCCGGAUACCGACACUGACAUGGAUACCAAGACCCACACCGAAAAAUAUCUCUCAAAACAAGAUUCACACCUAAACUAUGCUGUAAUGGAGGCUAUGCGCUUGUCACCGGCUUUCGCAUUCUCCCUCCCCGAGUGCACUGCUAUCCCAAAAGAGAUUGGGGGGUAUCGUGUUCCCGCACGAUGCCCUGUCGUGAUAGACGCCAAACGCCUGAACGCGGACCCAGCUACCUGGGGCAAAGACAGUGAUACGUAUCGCCCCGAACGGUUUCGGGAUAUUACGCCCUCAAAAUUGCGAUACGGGUUUAUGCGGUUUGGCGUUGGGGCGGCGAGUGGACGAUGUCUCGGGAAGCAUUUGGCGGAUACGGUGUUCAAGUUGACCUUGCUGGCUGUCCUUGAACGGUACAGUCUCCAUUCGGGGCAGGAUGAGCCAGAAAUCGAAGUGCGAUAUAUGAAUCAGAAAGAAUGA